UCUCUUAAAAUAAAUAUGCAAAAGACCUGCUUACAUGGGAUGGGUGUGAUUGUUUUUGUUCAAGACAUAAACCAGUCUUAGAUCACUCUGCACAAUGUGCGGUUUGGAUAUGCUUCAUAUGCAAUGCAUUCUUGGCUUUCCUGUCCCCUUUUCAUACACUGCUGUCCCCAUUUCUGACCCUGCAUCUGAUUUGUUCUAUGAUAGGUGUGUACUUGUAUAUACACUUGUAUAUAAGGCCCUGCGCGUCAAAGCAAACGUUUUUGACUGACUCAAACGUCCACCAUAAUGUCUGUAGUCAUCGUCGCUCUCAUCAGCAGCCUUCUUGUGAGCUUUCUUCCUCAAACUCAAGCAUAUGGGCCUCUGAACUAUGCCUGCUGUGUGAAAUACACCCGAAAUCCUUUGCCCUUCGGUCUGAUCAAAGGCUAUAUCGAGCAGAGCUCCCGCGAGGUGUGUCGUAUAGAUGCUAUUAUUUUCUUCACCAAGCACAACAAGAAGGUGUGUGCGAGUGUUAAGGACGAGUGGGUGAGAGCAGCCCUUGCUCGUCUCAGCACUAAAAUAAAUAAAAUUACACAUCCCAGAUCUCAGCAUCACCUCACCACUGCAAGAAUGGACAGCAUGCCUUACACCAACAGCCCAUAGUUUUUAUGGUUUUAAACAGCAUGCCGACUCCAUUUCUGAUCAUUCUUCUCCAUUUGUAGUCAUUUGUUCAAUAUUUUUAUACUGACUACAUUAAGCAAAACUUCUUUGUUUUCUAUCUUUAUUUUUCAGCUUUGCAUGUCAUGUAUUGCAAUUAGAGAUGUUGUUGAAAUAAAUAAACAUAGCAUUAAA